AUGGCCCCGCACUUGAGCAACGAGCAGUUCUUCUCAUCCCUUACCGAUCUCCUUGCCAAAACUUCCCAGAAGGCCCGUGGUUCAGUCUUCCUCUCACAGAAGCCUCUCAUCGACGGCGUCUCUAACGCUCCACCAUCCAUCCUCAUCCGUGCUACAGACGGCAACACCAAUGCUCCAAACCCUAAGUCCGAAACCAAGGAUGGCAAGAUCACCAAGAAGUCAUCAUCGAAGGAUAAGAUCAAGUUCUCCACAGUUGUGAAUGCGAAUGACUUGGAGGCAUUCUACACUCGUUAUGCGGAUAUUUGCAAGGCUGGCAUGACUGGCUUGAAGAAGCGGGACCGCAGCAAGCGCAAGGCGAAGGGCAAGGGUGGAGCUGCAAAGGCUGCAAAGGCAUAG